AGGAGAGAAUAGAGGUUUCCCCAUGUGUCUAUCUGUCUAGGCCACCAGGGGGGACUCAUUCCUCAUCUAUAUCAUUUACUGAAUCAAGUAUCUGAAAAAACCCCACCUGUUCUUGAGCCAGGUCUAGAAAGUCACAGAGUUCAGCAGAGAGCUUGUCUUCAUUCAUGUUAAAAGAGCUUUUAUAUUAAAUCUUGUAAAUCUACAGCUCUUUUUCCAGUCUGCCUAUGUACAUCAGUCAUCCAAUGCACCGUGCAGCGAAGCAGGUGCAAGUCUGGCUGAAGAGGGAUGUGCUUUCAGCUGGAUAAUCAUAUGUAUCAAUAGGGUACAGCCAGUGCCGUCUCAUGCCCAUCUCAAACUGACCUGUGACUUUUGCUACACCUAUUGGACUGCCAGAAGAGAGAGCCUGGCUUGGUUUCUAAUUGAUCAGACUCCACAUCAGUAGCCAUGUCUUUGUGGUUGAAAGGAGCCUUUUUUGACCAUACAUGCACAAGGUGGCUCUUCUUUAGUGGCUGCUUCAUCACUCCUUAGUGGCUGUUGCAUCACUCCAUUUCUUUUUUUCCCAGCUAUUACAUCCUACCCAAUUUAUUUCAAUUUCGCUACAUAUCUUACUAUUUUUAAGCAAAAUUUGGCCAUUUUGAAACAGAACUGUAUUAUUGCUAUGAUCACAAAGGGUCUCCAUGUUUCACAGCAUCCUAUUAAGCAACAGCCAAAAUCUGUGUGUGAUGUAUGCGUUCUAGAGAUCUGUCAGGAAAGUUGUGUAAUUUUGAAUUCCCACUUAAGAGAUAAAGGUUAGAUGUUUCUUUCAGUCUUGAACUCUGUGAGAGCAGUGGUACUCUUCUUGUGGUCUGUAGAAAGAUUUGGAAAUACAGAAGAGAAUUCUCCAGACAUAUUAAAUUUCUAAAUUUUUAUCUUUGUGAAUUAUUACAUGUAUUAGCUCAUUAAAGUUGGCACUUUUAGGUACUUUUAAUUGAAUUCUCACCUUCCUUAACUAGUCUUGAACUCCUCCCAUCUUCUGGGCGCAUCAGUCAUGUUUUCGUGAAUGUCACUAGUCCUAAAUUAUCUUUUGCAUUGCACAUUCAGGGUUCUGAAAACUAAUUUUUUAGUCUUUUGCACUUUAUAAUAUGUAAAAUAUUACCCUGGUGUGCACAGAAUUUAUGAGAAUAAAAACUUUUAGCACUGUACUGGGGAGUGGGGAGAGUCAUAACAAUCGAUUAAGUUAUAUUUGUUGUAAUUUUUCUUGAGUUUCUGGCUUAGCACAAAACCAAAUACCAGUCUACUGUAUAUAUUGCUUCUUUGUCGUAAAAAAUACAAUUCCUGAUCUAAGAGGAACCUGCAGACAUACGAAUCAAGAAGGUAAUGCCCGAGAAAAUAAUUUCUGUAAGUCAUUCUUCCAUAUAUUCAGUAAGUUUCUGUAUUUUUUUAUAUUCAGAAAAGUAAUUGUUUUUCCUGUCAGAUGGUGAUUGUGCUCUCUUAAAUAUGGUAUUAGACUUUUUGGGGUCUGUUUCUGUAGUUGGGACUAGCAGUAUUACUGGGUUUGUGCAGUAAAAGCUGACCUAGGUUUGGGUCACAGAAAUGGUUUAGCAGAUACAGAAAAAAUAUGUUAUUCUAUGUGUGUUGCACUACCAGGCAGAAAUAAGAGUGUGUAUCUAAUACCAAAAGUGCUUCAAGAGUUUUUGGUUUAGUGUUUCAAACUUGAGUGCCAAAAUGUGCAACCUGGACUUUUUCAACAUGCCAGGGUAAAAUUUGGUUCCUAACCUAGCUUCAGCGGUAACAGGUAGAUUCUAUGUUCUUACAGAAAGAUCCAAGUCACAAUCUGACAGCUUUUGUUGUUCACUGUCUCCUGUUUAGUGUCUGCCUGGAUCCAAGCCUGUGCGCUGCAUUGUCACAACAGUCAGGGCUUGAGCUUUGUGCUCUUGGACAAUUGUUCAGUGCAGCUUCACCAGGAGACACUGUGGGCAAGAGCAUGGGAUAAGGUCAAAGAGAGAGGCUGGGAGGCAGAUGUGGGACUUACCAAUUGUAAUUUUAUGGAUUUCUAAGACUGCUUUCACUAAGAAGUAUAACUGUGGUAGACAUAGCUUUGAAGAUGGGUAGCUGACUGUACAGGACAUCAGUGGUUCCACUCAUUAACAAGCGAGAAAGUUGCAUUCAGCUCCUGCAUUUAUCUCCAUUUGGAAAUACAUCAUCUAAUUACACUCCUCCAGAGUGCUGGUGUGUUCUUAAAGCAUGGUGAGCUUUGUAAGAAAUUCAUACUGAAAACUUGUGAUAGUUACUGAAUACCAUAUGAAUAAAAGAGUAGACUUAGUCUUCAUGAUGUGUGGAUUUUUCUCUUCUUUAGUAUGUACAGGGAUCUCUGUGAGUGUUUGAAGUUUGCUUUAACAAAUGUUACAUCUGAUGAGUCAACAAAACUUACCCUUUAUGUACUUCUGGUAAUCAUAAUUUUACUUCUCCUCACUUCCCCUUUUCACGCAGUUUUCUCUUUCAUUUUUCACUCGUAGUUUGAGCUGUGUUGUCUGAGGAAAAUGUGACAACAAAACCAGAAAUACAUUCUCUUCACAAAAUUUAUUGUGAUGAUGACUGAUAGUGCUGCAGUAGCAUUAAGAUUGCAAAUAAUCUGACAAAAUAACCAAAGACAAAAUUCCCUGAAGACAUGUGACCGAGGAUGACUGUGCUGACUUUUUGUUCCUCUUUUCCUCAAAGAAAGUUUGCUCGCUAAGUAGUGAGCAAAAUAAGUAACCAUGUUUGGGCUAUAUUUUUUCAUUUUAUUCACCCCUGGAGUCAGUGAACUUCUUUGUACGUCGUCAGAUCUAGAAAUGUCAUACACUUUUUGUGAUUCUACAGCCCAUGCUUUCAUGUUUAAUUUGACUCCUUGCAGCACCAUGAACAAAUCCACCUGGAAUGCUGCUCUUACCUGGAUUCCAAGAAGUGACAUAAUCUUUUUGAAGAUCGUCUUCAAUGUCUGGUACGAUGGUGCCAAAGCUUUACACUGGAAAGAAGUCAUUUGCAGUGGAGCUGAUGAUGAAUACUCAGUGUGUGGAAUGCUGAAAGGAGAAACACUUGCAACGGCGUUUGACAUUAAAGGUUCAAGAACAAAAUUUCCAAAGGGCAAUUAUAGCAUUAUUUUACAAGGAUUUUCUGAUGAUUCUGAGAAAAAUAUGAUCAUGUGCUUGAAUUUCACCAUGAUAGUAAAACGAGAUGCUUUCUGAAUUCAAGAAAUGUUUCAAAUCAUUGCAGAACAUGGAGGUCGCUUCUGCAAGCAACUGGAAUCUGAGCUGCGAAAUAAUAAGCACACUAAUUUUCCUGAGGUAGAGUACAUCAAAUACUGUCUGGAAAGCUACAUGAUGGAUAGUCUUAUCCAUAUAUAGCACUGCUGUAAUCAGAUGAUCAGUCAAUGUGCACAAAAUACCUGGGAAUCAGGCAUCCUGAUUAAUCCCCAGAAUAACCCUGACUGGAUGUCAGGCUGAGCAUUUUGGUGCUGUGCCUUAAGUUAUGAAAAAGCUGAGUCCUUUCAGACUGCUAAACUAAUUCAAGAAAUUUUGAAGUGCAAGAAUCAGAAGUUUACUUGCACUCAGAACAGCAAUUGAAUCUGGGAACUGUGUUGUGUGGGGUUUUUUUCUUUAAACAAUAAAUUUUUUUGUACAAU